AUGGACCUUGCCUUCUUCUUCAAACUAGGUGUCCUCAUAGGUCUCAUUACAGCUCAUAUUCAAGGAGCUUUAUGGAGAACUCUUGCUGUCCUUUUAGCUAAUAACGAGAAUUUAAGAAUUAUGAUGCCAAAUUUUUCAACUAUUCUAGCUCAUAGAAUUAAAGAAUGGAAACAACCUGAACAGACAGCUAAUCCACUAGAAUUAGAACCUACCUACACAGUCGAUACUGAAAAUUUAUAGUAUACCUCUAUGACAUCCAAUUUGAAGAUAAGUUCUGGUUCAGCAAACUAGACAUGCUCGAAGAAAUAGCAAAUGACUACGACUCAUUAACAGAAAGCAUGACCGCCAUGUGACUAAGCCCUAUCUAAAUAACUCAUAUUUACUUCUAUUCAGAGUUUCCAGUCUGUAAGGAAUAGGCUAAAACAU